GUCCAGGCAGUCCGGCCGAUGACCACUGCCUCUCCCUGCCUGCCUGCCGCCGCCGUCCGUUUCGCGUUGCCACCACCAUUUCUUCCCUUCCCGAGGUCCCCUCGCUGUUUCCUGGCUUUAAAAUCUCUCGCUCGCUCGCUCAUGACCGAUCGAAUCACCGCAGAAUUCAGGCGGCCUCGCUCCCUUCGUUUCCGCUAGGUUUUGUUUGUUAACCGCGCCCGCCUCCGUCGCAGCUAGCGGCGCCAUACUAUUUCUCCUCGACGAUCGCAGUGCUGCAGAAAUACAGGCAGAUAUCGGUGUGAUUUCGAUUGCAAAAAUCGCGGAUCCCGCGCUGCCCACAACCUCGUCCUCCUCCUCGUCUGGUCGUUGAUUAAACAAAAGGUAAAAGAAAGAACCAACGACAAGAUCUGGCGGUACGGCGGUGCCGGCCGACAUCCACCCACUGUGCUGUUCCCAGCGCGGCGAGGGCUAAUACUCCACUCCUACUCCUAUAUAGGAACCACUCCCUGCUGGCCGCUGCCGUCGGUGCCAGGUCGUCCUCGGUCCUCCUCCUCCUCCAGCUCACUCUCCAGUGUCCACUCCACUGCCAUCCCAUCCUCCUCCUCCAAAGUUGCAGACUUGCAGUGCUCGACGACGGAGAGAGUAGCGUGGCGUGGGCGGCGGCGCCAUGAAGUACAGCAAGGAAGAUAAGCCCGAGAGGGCGGGAGGCGCCGGCGCAGGGUCCAGGGCGGUGCCGGUGACGCUCGUCGUCAUCGUGCUCUGCGCCUUCUCCUUCUACCUCGGCGGCAUCUACAGCACGGGGCGGAGCCUCCUGGACGCCAUCCAGCCGGCGCCAACGACUCUGGUCACCCUCGGCGGCGGCGGCACCACCACCACAACGACCCGUCGUUCCUCCGACAACGACCAAGCACGGCCGGCACUGGCCGCCGUGGCGUUCCCCGAGUGCCCCGCCGACCUGCAGGACUACACCCCCUGCACCGACCCCAAGCGCUGGCGGCGGUACGGCAACUACCGCCUGAGCUUCAUGGAGCGGCACUGCCCGCCGCCGCCCGACCGGCAGCAGUGCCUGGUGCCGCCGCCCAAGGGGUACAAGCCGCCCAUCCGGUGGCCCAAGAGCAAGGACCACUGCUGGUACCGGAACGUCCCCUACGACUGGAUCAACAGCCAGAAGUCCAACCAGCACUGGCUCGUCAAGGAAGGCGACCGCUUCCGCUUCCCCGGCGGCGGCACCAUGUUCCCCAACGGCGUCGGCGAGUACGUGGACCUGAUGCAGGGCCUCAUCCCGGGCAUGCGCGACGGCACCGUCCGCACCGCGCUCGACACCGGCUGCGGCGUCGCCAGCUGGGGCGGCGACCUGCUGGGCAGGGGCAUCCUCACCGUCUCCCUCGCCCCCCGGGACAACCACGAGGCCCAGGUGCAGUUCGCGCUGGAGCGCGGCAUCCCGGCCAUCCUCGGCAUCAUCUCCACGCAGCGCCUGCCGUUCCCGUCCGCCGCCUUCGACAUGGCGCACUGCUCCCGCUGCCUCAUCCCCUGGACCGAGUUCGGCGGCCUCUACCUCCUGGAGAUCCACCGCGUCCUCCGCCCGGGCGGGUUCUGGGUGCUCUCCGGCCCGCCCGUCAACUACGAGAACCGGUGGCACGGCUGGAACACCACGGCGCAGGCGCAGAAGGCCGACUUCGACAGGCUCAAGAAGAUGCUGGCCAGCAUGUGCUUCAAGCUCUACAACAUGAAGGGAGACAUCGCCGUGUGGCAGAAGUCCGGCGACGCCACCGCCUGCUACGACAAGCUCACCGCGAUCACCACGCCCGCCAAGUGCGACGACAGCGUCGACCCGGACGCCGCCUGGUACGUGCCCAUGCGCUCCUGCGUCACGGCGCCCAGCGCCAAGUACAAGAAGCUGGGGCUCAACGCCACGCCCAAGUGGCCCCAGAGGCUCGCCGUCGCGCCGGAGCGCAUCAACGUCGUCCCGGGCAGCAGCGCCGCCGCCUUCAAGCAGGACGACGCCAGGUGGAAGCUCAGGGCCAAGCACUACAAGACGCUGCUGCCGGCGCUGGGGAGCGACAAGAUCAGGAACGUCAUGGACAUGAACACCGUGUACGGAGGCUUGGCCGGCAGCCUCAUCAAGGACCCCGUCUGGGUCAUGAACGUCGUCUCCUCCUACGGGCCAAACUCCCUCGGCGUCGUCUACGACAGAGGGCUCAUCGGCGUCAACCACGACUGGUGUGAGGCGUUCUCGACAUAUCCACGCACCUAUGAUCUAUUGCAUCUUGAUGGCCUGUUCACAGCAGAGUCUCACAGGUGCGAGAUGAAGUUCGUACUCCUUGAGAUGGACCGCAUCCUUCGUCCCACGGGUUAUGCCAUAAUCCGGGAGAGCACCUACUUCCUUGAUUCUGUGGCACCGAUUGCCAAAGGAAUGAGAUGGAGCUGCGAGAAGCAUAACACCGAGAACAAGGCUGACAAGGACAAGAUCCUCAUCUGCCAGAAAAAGCUUUGGGCAGGAAAGCAGUGACGACAGGAUCAUCAAUCCAGGUGAACUAAACAAGACCUAAGUAGCCUUAACCUGGAUGGAUGGAUGAUGAUGAGUAAAUCUGCUGCUCAAGGGCAUCCAGAUCAGCUCAAAUGUGCUGUGGUCUCGGUCAACAAGGCAGAGGCGCUUCACCGUUCAGUACACAUGGAAGAUGAACAAGUACUCUGAUACAAUGCAAGAAGGUUUACAAUUAUCAAAAUAAAUAAGCUGAGUAAAACUCCGUAUAGGAUCCAAUAGUUAGUACUAUUUGUCAUUAAUCACACAGUUAAUUCUUUUUUUGUACCACAACAGUUAGGGGUGGGUCGAUUCAUACCAUGAUGAGCAAAUAUAAGUUACUCCACAGAGCAUGGUUGGUGCUGUGGUUGUAAUUGUAAUAAUUGUAAUAGCGGGCCAUAUAUUUAUUUAACACAUAUGUGGAUCAAUAUGAUGUCUGAAAGCGACGGAUUCUGUUGA